AAAUAAUACACGUGGGACAAUGCAUAUACGAAGAAUGAUGAAUAAUUUUCUCUUUAGAUGAGUAUCUGUGGUUUCAGUCCAGUAGAUUAAUAAUGGCAGUGCAUCUAAGCUUUGGCUUCAUUGAAGGCUUACUUAGAGAUGAUUGAGAAUUUUUGAACUGUUAUUGAGCAAUAUAAUCAGGGUAUGUUAAGGAAGAGAGUUCGUUACAUGAACAGACUGACAGAUGUUUCUUCCUCUGAUGCUCCUGUUAAUCACACCUCUGGAACAAGAAAACCAAAGCCAAAGCCCAAACAAUGGAUACUCAAAGGACAAGAAUAUGAAUCUCAGUUCACCCAUCAUGUGCUUCGGUGCUUUUGUUUGAGUAUCCUGAAUUCUCUUCCUUUUACCCAAAGGGUUCUGAAUGGCGGAAAGUUCUCUACAUGUGUGUUCGGGCUGGUGGGAAACGAGGGGUAUGAAUCUUUUUCUAGUAGAGUUUCACCAAUGAAUUGAUCGAGCUGGAGGAAACGAGGUAUCAAAGUGUAGUGGCACAGAGUUUCUAGGAUAAGAUGCAGUUAACAUUUCUUGUACUUUUUUCUAUGCAUGAUUAAUAGCUUCUAUGAAAUCUUUGUAUAUAAGCCUCAUGGCUGCACAACAAAUAAUAGAUAUGUUGUUAAGCAUGUUAAUUGCAUCAGUUAACGUUCAUGAUCUUUGAUUUAACAAUUGGCUAACUAUUGUGUCAUAUACCUGAUCAGUUGACAUGUUUUGAGACCUAGCAGUAGCAGUACAUGAAUCUCACAACUGCUUUUGUAGGCACUACAUUCUGGAAAAGCAGUGAGGGCAUACAGAUGGAGUACAUCGCUGUAUUUCUGGCUUCAUUAUUUCCAGGCGCUCUUGUGGCAUUCAAUCACGAGUUAUUGCUGGCAUUAUCCAAAGUUUCUGCUCUUCGUAUAUAUUGUGCUGGCGUUUGGCAUAAUGCAGCUCUCUGUGCUGUUUGUGCUUGGGCGUUGUUUGUUCAACCCUUGAUCUUGUCUCCAUUUUACAUUCAUGAUGAAGGCCCCGUG